CUGAAAUAGUUGAAAGACAGCAGUAAGGCACUGGUAAGGCAGUGAGCAUGAUAUAUUUCUACUGCAGACUUUGUAUCUGAGUUUGAGUGUUUCUUUUCCUGUAAUUGUGCCCGUCUCUCUGAUCUGGCCUGAUCCAACAGCUGCUUUCCUGUAUCCUGGAUCUUUGUUGUCAGGGACACCUCUCCAUAGAGACAGACUCUCAAAUGUCGGGGAGGGCUUUACAAUGAGAGGAGACCCUCACCUUGAUGGAGCAACAAGUCAGGAGAGAAUGAGGAAAGAUAAGCACGAAAGUCAUCUGUGGAGGAAGCAGUGAAGUGGAAACCAGCAGAAGGAAGGAAGAAGAAUUGGAUAAAGUAAAAGUUAACUUGCCAGGAUGGGCUAUGAUAUUGACAGGUUUGUGGGCUAUGUGAAUGAGGGUCUUCUAUGCUGUGUGUGUCGGGGCGUGUUGGAGCGCCCCCUUCAAGCGCCCUGUGAACAUGCCUACUGCAGCGCAUGCAUCAGCAGCUGGCUGGUCAAUCAUCCCUCCUGUCCUGAGGACAGACUGCCGCUGGAUGUGGGCAGUCUUAAACCACUGUACAGAUACAUGCGUAAUGACCUGAACCAUCUGCAGAUCCGUUGUAUAAAUGCAGAUCAGGGGUGUGAGGUGGUGAGCUCCCUGGAGAGCCUACACACACAUGAAGAUGAGUGUGAGUUUGCCUUCAUAUCCUGCUCUAACACAGGUUGUCCUGUACAGGUAGAGAGGCGGGUUUUGGAGGCUCACCUGUCAGAAUGUAACUUCCGUGGCAGAGAGUGUCCCAAUGGCUGUGGUCAUAGUGUUCUUUCUAUUGAUCAAUCACCACAUAACUGUGUAGCAGAGCUGCGCACCGAAGUGGAAAUGCUCAGGGCAGAGUUGUUGUGCAAGGUGGAGGAGGUGAGACAAGAGAUGGAGUCUCGGUUGGACUCACAGAGGAGACACAUGGUGCAGAAAGAGUCACAGCUGAAGAACGAGGUAGAGGAGCUCAAGGGUCAGUUGUCUCGUGUGAUGUGUGACAUGCGAGCCCUGUUAGGAGCAGAGCGCCUGAGGAGACAGGAGCUGGCAGAAGCAGAGCUGGAGAAGAGGGAACUGUUAGAGCUCCUCAGAGACUUGCAGCCAACCAGGAGUCACCAUCCUCUCCUACAGGCCAGAGACCAGCAGAUAUUCAGAAGGGAACUGCACAGCAGGUCAACAAGACACAGGCAGAGAGAGGCAUCUUUACAUGCCUCCAGUCUAUUGCUACAUUCAGCUCAGGCUGUGAAUCUAGCAGAGUCGGCUUCAUCACCGCAGCUUGGUGAGGGAGCACGCAAGGGUGGCACUCGGAGUCUAACCCUAGACUGCAUCAAGAGGAAAAGUCGGGAGCUGACAGUCAUCUGAAAAGAGCAGACCCACACCGAUUUUUUAAGUAUUUGGCAGCAAUUUCUCACAGGGGUUUAAUGAUGAGAAAUAAUGAGGGCAAAUUAGUUGGAAAAAAAAAAUCUGUUCCACUGUGAAAUGAACUAUAUAUUACCUUAUGCUAUAUGUUGCAAAUAAUUUUGAAUGUCACGCAAAAGCUCUGAACUAUACCUUUUAUGUCUAGGCUGAGGUAAAAAGUUGAAAAUUGUUUUUAGGUUUGUCGGUCUACAGAAAAACAAAGCAUACAAAGAGAUUAUUGGGAAGAAAGCUGACAGAGCUUCCAUGUUAUACAACACAACUUGUGGUGAAAACCUUGUGUUUCAGCUGUAAUAGAUUCCAUCAAAACUAUAUGCAUCACUAACAAUAUAAUGUUUAACAUCAGAAUGACGUUAGUGGCAAAGGCAUGUAGGACAUGAUUAAGAGAUUAUAUUUUAGGUUCAACUCAUCCACCUCUCUGCCUCACAAAUCCUUUAUCACCACUGUCACUCAUUUAAUAAAAGAAACAAUUCCUAAAUAAUGUUUUACAAAUCACCAUCUUGGUCUGUAGUGUAGCUGAACCUUUUGACACUUAAUUCUAGCCAUGCAAAAACUUCAUUUUCAUUUUUUAAAAAGCAUCAGACGAGUAAUAAGUACUUAGGGG